CAAUAACUGGGAUUACGACGACUGAAGUCAAAAAGAAAGUCUCUUUCUCUCGCUUCUCUGGUGGUGGUGACUGGUGACUCACUUCUCUUCCUCACAAGUCUCGAGCCAAUCUUUAGCUUUAAUCCAAUUCUUGAUUCAAAUCGAUGAACAAAAAACUAUACGAAAAUCAGAAGAAUCCGAGUCAAAUUGUUUGCUUGCGAGAUGGGAUUUUGAGUUAGUUUAAGUGUCGUCAAACAUGGAGCUGAAUCUCGUUUUGCUUCUGUGUAUAGCUUUGAUUUUCGUCGCUGAUUCUAAGGUUGAUGGAGAGGCACAAGUUGUUGGUUCGAUCUCUAUCACGAAUUCGAAUUUGACAGAUACAAGAUUUGGUGGUGGUUCUGAUAAUGUUACUGAUUCUUCUAAGAGUAUUACUAUAGAUCAUUCCAAAAACUCGACCAAUGAUGAUGAUACACAGUUGGGUGAUGGAUCUAAGCUGAUUGGUAAUGAUGGAGGAGAUAGUAGUAAGAGUGAAGGGAAGAUUGGGACUGGUGAAAGUGAAAACAGUAAAGAGGAGGAGGAAGCUGUGAGUAAUUCUUCAAGGAAGAAAGAAGGGUUUCAUGGUGAAGAAUGUGAUCCAUCUAAUAUGUGUUCAGAUGAUGAACAUGAGUUUGCCGCUUGUCUGCGAGUUCCCGGUAACGAUGCGCCUCAUCUCUCACUUUUGAUUCAGAACAAAGGCAAAAGGGCUUUGAUUGUAACUAUAACUGCACCGGGUUUCGUCCGGUUAGAGAAGGAUAAAGUCCAGCUUCUGCAAAACGAAGACACAAAGGUGAAAGUUUCUAUUAAGAAGGGAGGGUCCAACGAUAGUGCAAUUGUACUAGCUUCCAGUAAAGGACGUUGCAGCCUUGAAUUAAAGGAUUUGGCAGCAGCUCAUGAAUCAGAAAGCGACGAAACAGUUUCUGCUUCUCGUCCUUCUAUUCUCAAUAUCAGUUCACGAACACUCAUCGUCAUCAUCAUGAUCUCCUUCCUCGUUCUCUCCCUUGUCAUCAUCCCAGUGAUCAUUCAUGUUUACAAGAACAAGUCACGGGGAAACAACAAAUACCAGAGGCUGGAUAUGGAAUUGCCAGUCUCUAACCCCGCAUUGGUGACAAAAUCUGACCAAGAAAGUGGUGAUGACGGAUGGAACAAUAACUGGGGAGAUGAUUGGGACGAUGAAAAUGGUGGUGGAGACGAAGAACAGCCGAAUACUCCGGUGUUACCAGUCACACCGAGCCUCUCCUCUAGAGGGCUUGCUCCUAGAAGACUCAGUAAAGAAGGUUGGAAAGAUUAGUUUAACUCUGCUUUCUCUUUGGUAAUGGAAUAGGAGAGAGACAAGGCAGAGGAAAGUAGUGAUUAGUGAAGAGGAGGCAAAAUCAAUCUCCCACUCAUCAUAACAUAGACUUUGUUUUGACGUUGAAUGUAAUAUUUGCAACAGCUCGCUCUAUUUUUGUUUUGUUUUGAAACCACGAGGCAAUUCUAUUAGUUGUUAUGAGAUCUCUCUGUUAGUUAAUUCUCAAUACUUUCUUCCUCAAAUCAAAUAUUUAUUGAAAC